GACCUCACGCACGUCUUCGUGCUGGACGAAAUGUACCCGGAGGAGAUAGUCGCCCAUGGCUUACCAUUCCCAAAGCUGACCACCAUCCACCUGCACGACCUGCCAAAGCUGCGGCAGAUAUCUGAGGUCAAGAUGCUCGCGCCGGCGCUCGAGACCAUCAGGAUCAGGGGGGGCUUCGGCCUGCGCCGGCUGCCGGCCUUGCGGGGCCGCGGGCCACGCGUGAAGCGACCAGCCGUCGAGAUGGAGAAGGAUGUCUGGGAGGCGCUGGAGUGGGACGGGCUUGCCGCCGGCCACCACCCCAGCCUCUUCGAGCCGCCCGUGCACUCGCUCUACUACAGGAGGAGGCGCCUCCUCAGGGGCACUGUUCUCAGGUGAAUCCUGAGCCGUGCGUCAACACUGCCGCUGCUGCCACGGGAGAUGGCCGACUCGUUCGCCCUCUACGAUGGACGCUGGUCGGGCAGGGUUGCUGGCUUGCUGUGACGGUACUGAUGCUGCUGCAGGCUGCAGCAGCUGCCUUUCGUUGAGUUUGUUGUUGACAAGGUAGGGGCCUCAGGUUGGCUUCCUGCUUGCGCUGAUGCUAGCCGAGUUGGCCUAGCGGAUGCCGCGUGCUUUGGAAUAAAAAGGCUGCCGGGUUUUCUGCCUGCGCGUGUGUUGCGCUCAGACGGUCAGACACCGGCCGGCGUGUGUGCUCGAGUGUGUGGCUUGCGAUUGGAUCCUAGACAAUGAAGCAGCAGCAGUAGCUGGGUCUGGGUGUGCCUGCCCACCUGCUGUAUGUGUGUGUUUGAUGUUGUGUGGCUUGAUGAGUGCCUGCUACUCCGUUUGGAACGGAGUGCGGAGCUAAUAAGCAGCAGCUGCGUGUGUGUGUGUGCACGCGAGCGUGCCUGUCGUGGAUGCGCACUGAGUUUGCUUGCUAUGUAAUGUUUGAUGAACCAAGAGACAUCUGGUUUGUGUGCCUGAUGCCGACUUCUGUGAUUUGUGAAGCAUUUAUUAAGCUUCAAUGUAUGGUGUUUGUGGUGUGUGAAUUAUUCUUGCGAGCGUCAGCAGCUGGGAGAUAAGGCUCUGUAUUAAGCAGAACAUGUUUUGGCAUCUACCAUCUAGCCAUCAACACAAGGAAUUAGCUUGUGAUGCAACACUGAAAUGGCACCAUCCUGACGAGUUCUUAA